UUUUCCUAUUUUCCCCCUCAAGGGGCUAUUCCUGUUCCAGCUUCCCUUCAUUGGUCAAGACAAGCUCACGGGGCUCUGCCUGAGAGACUCUGCUAGAGCAAUGUUUCGCUGAUCCUAUUACCAGAUCGGAAUCGCAGCCCAUUAAAAAGAUCCGACGAGAAAAUAAGUGGGCUGUGUCUGUGGACUAGCCUUUCAAUAAUAUAAGCCUUUUCAAAAUAACACUUCUAUUGCUAGAGCAGUGUUAGUAAGUCUCUCAGUCUAAACUCUGUGAGCUCGUCUAUAUACCUGGUGAAGCCAGAAUAGCCUCGAAGGCACUACUAAUUAAGAACCUAGGUAAAAAGGACUAAGCAUCUAUUGAAGAUGAGUAAUAUUUUGCAAGAUAGUCGAUUCACCAAAUAUUUGAGUGAUCCACGAUACAGACAAAUCCCGAAACAUGAAAGAAAGGUAAAAAUUGAUAAAAGAUUUCAGCCCAUGUUUGACGAUGAAAAGUUCAAAGUUAAAUACACAGUAGAUAAAAGGGGACGGCCCAUUAAUGAGACUUCAACUGAGAACUUGAGAAAGUAUUACGAUUUAGACGAAUCGGACGACAGCGAAGAUUCCGAUGAAGAAAAAGCAGAAGAACCAGGGCGUUUUGUAAAGCGACCGUCUACUGACGAUGAGAGUAUUGAUAAAAUUGACCCUAAAACAUUAAAUGACAAAUUAACCCGUGGAAAACUAGAUAAAAAAAUUAAGACUAGAUUAUUGGAUUUAGAUAUUGACUAUGCUCGCGGUGAAGGUGUUUUGCUUACGGAUAGUUCUUCAGAAGCAGAAAGUAGCGAUACAGAAGAUGAUAGUGAAAUGGAGCAUGAAUGGGGAGAGUUGGAUGCUGAUGCUGAAACUACUGAAGAGUCAACUCGGAGAAUCGCCAUUUGCAAUAUGGACUGGGAUAACAUUAAAGCAUCGGAUCUGAUGGUUUUGCUGAAUUCAUUUAUUCCGCCUGGAGGAAUUAUUCACAAGAUUUCGAUUUAUCCCUCUGAAUUUGGUUUGAAAAGAAUGCAAGAAGAAGAAGUACGAGGCCCCAUUGAACUGACAACAGAAAAAUCUGAAAAUCUCCCUGAAGAUGGUGGAAAUGAAGAGGGAUCAACAUACCACAUGGAAAAACUGCGACGUUACCAGCUGAAUAGAUUGAAAUACUUCUAUGCAGUGGUGGAAUGUGAUACAGUGACUACCGCUGAUAAGUUGUAUAAUGAAUGUGACGGGAUGGAAUACGAAAGUAGUGCAACUCGCCUCGAUAUGAGGUUCAUACCUGAUAAUGUAACUUUCGAUCAUGAACCCCGUGAGGUAUGCAGUAAGUUGCCCGACCUCCGCAAGUACAAGCCUCGUCUGUUCACAACUACAGCGCUGCAACAAGCUAAGGUCGAGCUUACAUGGGACGCCACCAAUCCUAACCGCACUGAAAUAAUUAAAAACGCACUCGACGGGAAAAUAGAAGACCUUGACCUCAAAGAAUAUUUAGCUUCGAGUAGUGAUGAAAGCGAAGAUGAGAAUCAGCCCAAAAAAAUUGAAAGCAAUAUUCAAUCAGACGACGACAAUGAAGAUCCGAUACAAAAAUACAAAUUAUUACUUGAUGAAAUUGAUAAAAAAGAGGAAAAGAAGAAAAAUAAAGAUAUGGAAAUGGAAAUUACGUGGGGAUUAGGAAUAAAAGAAAAAGCGCAAGAACUGGUCAAAAAGAAACAAGAUGAAGGAAACGCGAACCUUACGCCGUUUGAACAAUUAUUGAAGAAGCGUAAAGAAAAGAAGAGGUUAAAGAAAAUGAAAAAGAUGAAAGAUUCGAAACAAGAUGAAGAUGAUAAUUCAGAUAAUGUGUCUGAUGAUGUACCGUCUGAUAUCGACAUGAACGACCCGUACUUUGCAGAAGAAUUCAAUAAACCAGAAUUUAAAGGUACAAAAGGUAAAUCUAAAGUAAAUCCUACAAGCAACGAAAAUAUUGAACACGACGAAGAAAAGAAAAAAGCCGAACUUGAAUUGUUAUUGGAAGAGGAGGACGGUAAAAUGCACUUUAGUCUUAAAAAAAUACAGGAAACAGAAAAUGCUAACACCAAAAAGGCGAAAAGAAAAAAGAAACUAAAAGAAAAGAUGAGAGAAGAGAAGCAGUCCUUACCAGACUUCGAAAUAAACCUGGACGACCAACGUUUCUCUGCAAUUUACAAUUCACAUCAUUUUAAUAUCGACCCCAGCGAUCCUAACUUCAAGAAGACCAAAAACAUGGAGAAACUAAUUCAAGAAAAAUUAAAAAGAAGGCCGGCCGAUACUGCUUCUUCCGAAGUAGAUACUAAAAGGAGUAAAGAGGAUAUUGAAUUAAGCUUAUUAGUAAAAAAUGUUAAAAGGAAAACUGGGAACAUGAAAUAAUAAAAAUUUACUAAAAUUAA